GCGCGAGGCGGAGAAGAUCAUCGGGCGAUCUCUCCGCAUGGUCAGAGUCGACGCGUGUCAGGUGGGCAUGCGCGAUGACCAUGGCGUGCUCAGGAGCAAGUCUUGGGGCAUCCUCACCAGCGACGAGAAUUUUACGCAGUGGAUGGCGCUACGCUGUACGAAGGAUCAUCCUCACAGCACGCUCGAGGGUCACGACGCUGUGGCGGCGUCGGCCUACUAUCCAGACCCGAUGAUUCGAAGAUUGGUCAAGGGUUUCGCGAAGGACCUGCACGGUCAGGAUUUCGCGGAGGACUUCUGGGCCAUGAGCGCGCUGCAGGAUGACGAGGAGCAGCUGCGCGGCAUCGAAUCGGGCAUAGACAAGCAUUUCAAGAAGAUGCCGGAGAACAACGUCACGCUCGACAAGGUCAAAUCCUGGCUGAUGGACCUCCACAUUCUCGGUGGACAUAUGUCCAAGACCUACAUGAAGGCGAUGCUCCAGAGACGCGGGUGUCCAAGUUGGCAGCAGGCGCUCGUAGACGAGCUGAUCUGCGAUGCUUGCACCGAGACACAGGACACGCAGCACCAGGCCGUGGUGUCACUCUCUAUGCCACCCAAGCUGUGGCAGACGGUGAAGCUGGACUGCUUCGAGCUGGAGGUGCACCACAGGAAGCUGUGCGCGGUGCUCUACAUGGACGCGGCCUGCAAGUUGGCAGUUCGCAGUGUUUUCAAGGAAGUGGAUACUAAGGGCAAGAAGGCGUAUUUCGAGCCGUCUGGCGCCCAGGUGUUGUCGGCGUUCCUGGAGGACUGGCGGCACCACAAGCCGCGGUGCCAGUUCUUGAUUUCGGACCCGGGCGGCGGUUUCGUCAGCAACCAGUUGCGCGAGUGGUGUGGCAAGAACGCCGUGGGCAUCAUCCAGAGCCCAGGCGAGUUCCAUGGUCUCACGGCUGACUUGGAGAUUCUUAUCAGACAGAUCAAGAAGACCGCUCGACGCAUCUCCUUAGACGAGCCGACGCUAUCGUUAGCUGACUGCACGUCGCUGGCCUGCGCCGCUCACAACAACCAGCACAAGGCGUCGGGCUACACACCAGUCCAGUGGGCGCACGGUGCUAACCACCAGGGCUACCAGUUUGCAGAGGAGGCUGGUCGCCUGGAUGGGGGCGGCUUGGCACACACCGAACUUCAUCGUAUUUUGGCAGAGCGGGUAUACCUGGAGGAGCAGGCUCGUUCAGUGGCGACUCGGCUUCGGCACUCCAUGAGGCAGAAGCUUCUCUCGAUCAAGAUCGGCGACUGGAUCAUGUACUUCCGUCGCGGCAAGAAGACUGGAUCCCGAGGUUCGUGGUUUGGACCUGCGAGAGUUUUGGCCAUCGAGCCGAAGGUCAACCUCCAGCGUGAACGUGCCGACGAGCCCGCUUCGAUCGAGGACGACAUUUCGGUGGUGUGGAUCGUGCAUGGCACGAGACUUAUUCGGUGUCAUCCGACACAGCUGAGGUCGAGCAGUCAGCGCGAGGUGGUCGCGGCUUCGCUCAAGGGUAACAUCGACAAGACCUACCAGAGCAACCAGGACCAGGUGAAGAUUUUCUCCACGGAGAUCGGCGUGAAUCUCAUGAUGGUGCUCAGACUGGAGACGACAGUGCAAACUUACAUCCAGUUCCUCGAGAUGUUCCUCCAGAUCUGUCUCGAGCACCUGUCCCAGAGGAUGAGGAUGGAACAGGCCGAGAACAUCACCAAGGGGACCAAGUCAAGACACAAGGCAUCUCCCUACAACGCGCCCUAUGGACCAGGAGCGACCUCGGCGGCACCAGAGGAGAUCACCAGUGGCCCUGCAGGUGCUCCGAUUGGCGACGAAGCUGCGGCACCAGAGGCCAAGCGCAUCAAGCUCGGCGAGAUGGAUUUCAUGACGUGCGACUUCGUGGACGAGGUCAAGUACCUGGAGGCCUGGGACAACCUCUUCAAUCAGUCCGUGGUCUACCUGAAGGACACGACCAUCAAGCGUGAAGUUAUCGAGGUCGCGACCGAUUUCACUCACAUUGGAGCUUUCCUUCAAGACUCCACGGCCUGGCUUUCCAAGAGGCUUGGAGACGGCAAGGCGACAGAGGUCACCUAUUCCAAGUUGGCGCCAGGGCAGCAGCUCGAGCUUGACGAAGCGACGUGCAAGGAGAUCAGCCAAGUCAUUGCGACCAAGGUCUUGAAGCGGAUCGCCCAGGAGGAGCUCACUGAGAUCGACGAGUCGCGAUUGCUCAAGAUGCGCUGGGUUCUCACUUACAAGUACCAGGAGGGUGGCGAACGCAAGCCGAAGGGCCUGACGGACCUCGCUACGGCAGCGCCUACGCUGGGGAAGCUGGCUCGCAAUGUGUUGUUCCAGGUGUGUGCACAGCACAAGUUCAAGCUCAAGUCCGGCGACAUCAGUUCAGCUUUCCUCCAGACCGAUGCGAGCGAGGAGUUCGAGAGUCUGAAUGUAAAGGUUCCUACGGAAGUGGCUCGUGCUUUUCCUGGUGAACUGGGGCGUCCUUCGCAGAUCUUGAAGAUGGUCAAGUCUUUCUAUGGAUUGACAACAGCUCCGAGAGCAUGGUGGCUUGACAUCUCACGAAAACUUCGUGACCGAGGUUGGCGACAACUACGUACCGACCAAUGCGUGUGGAUUUUGCUGGACUCCAAUAACCAGCUGAAGGGUAUCAUUGGCGUCCACGUGGAUGACUUCAUCAUCGGUGGCGACGAGACGUCGAAGUUGUACGAGGACGCGGAGAAGGCCAUCAGGGACCUCUACCGAUGGGGAGCAUGGACUUCUGGCCAGGCUGAAUUCAGUGGACUACGCGUUCGCCAGUUCAAGAAUUUUUCGAUCACGUUGGACCUCUACGACUACACGAACAAAUUCCUCACGGAGGCCGAGAUCGACGCUGAUCGUAAGAAGCAGGCUCAUCUACCACUCGAGCCGAAAGAGAUGCCAUUACUUCGUGGAGUACUGGGUACGGCCAGUUGGAGGGCACAACAAGUGUCUCCACAAUAUGCGGUGGAUGUUGGGCUGGCCUUGUCUCAAGUCAACAACGCCAAGAUCAGUGACCUGGUGAACGCCAACAAGCUUGUCAAGGAUAUGCGUAAAUCUGCCUCACAGGUGAUCAAAUUCCACCAGUUCGAGAACUACGAGUGGCACGAGUUAUGGAUGGUGCAGUGGGCCGAUGCUAGUGACAAGCUCAGGCCCGACGGCAGCAAAACUGGCGGGCUGGUGACAGGCCUCUCGACUCCGGACUUUGCGAAUGGCAGCAUGGCACAUGUUUCGAUACUUGGAUGGAGAUAUUUCAAGCUACCUCGUAAAAUUUCAAGUUCCAACAACAACGAGACGCAGUCGACCGCGUUCGGUGACGAGAUGCUGUGGUUAUCCAGAUUGGUGUGGCAGAGUUACAUGGAGUUGAGCCGACUCACUGUGCCAGGCAUGCUCAUUACAGAUUCACGUGGCAAUUUUGAAGUCAGGGUCUCCUCAGUUGGGUAUGCGCAGUUUCAGAUCAGGUGA